AACAAUAAGAAAGUGAAUUAGGGUUUGGGCAAAGGCAUGAUAUCAUUACUGCAUUGCAUUGCAAUACAAUGCAAUGCUAUGCAGCCUGGAGUGUGUGUGUGUGUCUGUCUCGCUCGAUCGCCCUGUAGAGGCGCGCUCUGGGAAACAUUUUCGGAGAGGACCCAGUAAGCAGACGUGAAUACAGAAGACGGUUUUGCAUUAGAUUCCUUCUUUGCGACCACCUUUUGGAGCGUACCCUUUUGUUUUUGUUUGUUUUUUUUCGUGGCUUUCUCGGUCUAUCAAGCUCUCUCUCUCUCUCUCUCUCUCACAUACGGUAAAGUCGCAGCGCAUGUGGGCUCUGAGCAUGAUCAUCACCAAACCCCUGGUGGGUUGACAAAUUACUUGAUACCCUCAUGAAAAGAGACGAAUCGCGAUGCGGAGUUAUGAUGGCAUGCACCAGGAGGGGGGAGAAUGACAAAACAGACUUGUCAUGAACGGGAUGACCUGUGUGGCGACGACAGGAUCAUGUCUUGGGAUGAAUGAAGUGCAGAGCGUGGAGAGAGAGAGCGUUACUGCUUUUUCCUCAGAAGUCAGAGCUGCUUAGAAUCAGUCGUUUAUGACCGGGUGCCGUCAACGAGAGCUGGAGCAUUCAAAGGGGCUUCUGACAUUUUCCCUCGCCGGAUGGGGUUAUGAGACACAUGAUUAGCAUUAAUCGAGGGAUUAACAUCUCGUUGUUUGGAUUUGGAUUCUGCUUGACGAUGUGCCGGAGAAUUGCGAGCGGAGCAGUCUAAGAUCCCCGCCCCGUCCCCCGCUAUUGCAACUUACAGUUUGCAUGUCAACUGUUACCGCUGAGUUUACUGCCGAUAGUUUUGAACUUUUCUUUUUUUACCGAGCUAUUCAAAUUUGAAUGUUUCCAUUUCUGUCGAGGGGUAGGACACGGUCGGUUCUUCACGGACGUUGCUCCCAGAAUUUCUCUGAAAGGUUCGGUCGUUGCUGGAAACUUGGACCAGGCUUGAGGAUUCGACAUAUUUGGAUUAUGUAGUUGUCCGUAUCCGGUUUGUGAUUGCUGAUUAAACGCGAUUAAGAUGUAUCCUUGAGAGCUGUUUGCGGCAGUAAAUCCCACAAUUUGAGUAAAAUAAUGUGAUCGACUUUUGGGAGAGAGUUGGUGAUUGGUGAGGUGUCGGUUCCUCGACGCAAGUUUCUGUAUUAAUGAGUUGUCGCGGUAAAGCAGGAGGUUGAUGGAUUCGCCGGAGAGUUGGUUGGUUAUUACUUCGAAAUCAGACAAUAUUGUCCUUGCGCUGAAAUUCUACGCUGCGGAGUGGUUGCUGCCCAAUGGGCGACAUGGCAAACCACCGGCGGUACUAAUCCUUGGCGACCAGUAUUUAUUUUCGUCGGCAUCGGAACCUGGAACGAUGAUCAAGCAAUGGGGCGGUUUUGGUUCUGUCCUGGCAGCAGUGCUGAUUGAUGCCACUACGAUGGAGUCAGCUUCGGGUGCGCUCUGUUUUGUAGAAAAGUGAACAAGCUGCGUGGUCAGCUGCUCGCAACAGUAGUGUACCUUCGUCCUGCUACAUACUACAUUUCGGUCACGGGACUUGAGUCAUGUGCGUAUUCUAUUGAUUGUUAGAGUAGCUAACUACUGAAUUUGUGCACGUUCCUAGGUGCCUGCUGAGUGGGUCCUUUCGGGUUGACGCCAAGUGUUGAAGUUAACAGAGUGAAUCUUGAGUUGGUUGAUUGACACCACUGAAUUGGUAGUUGCGAAUGGUCUUUGGAUAUUGCCAGCAACUUGUGAGCGUAAGGGUUAUAGGGAGAGUAUCAUUCACAAUGCGACAAUGCCUGGACUUUUUCCCUACGCGAGCCUCGCCUUCGGGGACCCCAGUUGUAGCAAGUUAGAAAGGAAGUCCACGGGCUGAAGUAGCAUUCUGAAAGAGUGAGUAGAGGUCACAUAGGGUGUUCUUGAUUGAUUGCGUUGCCAUUCACGUUGUCUUCACAGCUGUAGCCUGGUUCGGAUUACCGCCAAUCCGCCACAACAGCUGAGGAAGUAGCUAGUCUUCAUACCUGUCUUCAUUCCCUCAUUCCCGUAAACUCAGAAGAAUGCGUUUUGGUGACUCUUUGUUUAAACAUGGAAGCGUGCAAGAUUUCGUUGAGCAGUCGGUAAUCAGGAUGUCCGUAUUCGUUUAGAGGUGCCCAUCUGUCGCACCUUGUCCUCGUAAGGUUGGCAUUGUGGCAAUGGCUGCAGCUGCUAUUCAAAGAGGAAGUAGCGGGAGCAGAAGCUCUAGCUCCAGCAGCAGUAUUAACACUUGCACCCGCCUCGUUCCUGGUCCUGUCAUCACCGUGUCGCCGAGCCACACUCUGGACUACGACUGCACAGAUUGCGGGUCGUUCUUGUUUGGUAGCCGUGGAAGGCUCCGACAUCGACCCCAUGGCGCUCGAAAUAGCAGCAGCCAUCACUAUUCUCGAGGCAACAACAUCAGUGAACCUGUGCAGACAGAUGCGCAGAGGCUUCUGUUAGUUGAAUCUACACCUGUGCAUGACCCUUUCUCUACUGCUGUGUCACAGCACAUGAUUCUACCCCAGAAUGAGCAGCUAGCUGUAUUUGCCCAGGCGACUGAGCCUGAAGAUACCGUUGACUACAUACAAGCAACAGGGCUUUCAACUGAAGUCAUUGAAGCAGUUUCCUUACAGGCCUCUGAUAAUGAGGUCGAGGAAGUGGGAAACCAGAGAGCAAUAGAUUUUGUGGCAUGUCAUGGUUCCACACCUGCCUUUGCUGACAACGUAAAUGACUCAUCGUCGACGUUGGCAGAAAUAUUUCGAUGCUUCAUCUGUCUUGGAAAGGUUGUCGAUGCCCAGCUAUGUCCGUGUUGUUCCAAGCUGGUGUGCCAGCCGUGUAUUAAGAGAUGGCUCACAGAUCAGAAAUCGGAGUGCCCACACUGCCGUGCACCUCUCCUUGUCACACAACUUGUGAGCUGUCGAUUCAUCUCCGAGAUUUCUUUGGAAGUUGAGAAGAUUCAAGGAAAGCUAGGUGACAGUCCAAUGGUAAAGCAGUACUGUCCGACUCAUGACAGUCCCCUUCUCUACUUUUGCACGACUUGUUCAGUGGCUGUGUGCUCAGAUUGUGCAGUCCUGAUUGAGGAUCAUCGAAAUCACACGUUUGAGAAGCUGAGUGUGGCCUAUGGGCGUCACAAGAAGAAGAUUCGCAUGGAAGCUGCUGGUUUACGCAGGCGCCGAAAGGAGCUCUGCGCUCUGGUAGCAUCAGUGGAGAAAAACAUCGAGACUGUGCUCAAGUCGAAGGAUGAGUCCGCAGCAGAGCUUCAAAUGGCAUUUAAAAGGAUGCAGUCUCGGCUUGAAGAGCAGCUCAAAUGCAAGUUACUGGCAUUACUCGCACAAAAAGGCUCCAUGACUCAAGAAAUGGAGCUUUUGGACACAGUAUUGCACGAGUUAGAUCAGCAGCUGAACAGCAUUCCGAAGAGUGAUCUCAUAGCGCAAGAACCUAACAUGAGCCGCAUGCUACAGGACAUUCGAACUCGCAAUUUUUCAGAUAUUUCGCGCACACCAAUUCCGCCUGAAUUUAUUUCAGAGGUUAUUCCUUCGUACGAGUAUGGAGAGCUCAUUUUGAAUAACUACAAGGAAGAUCUCACUCAAACCAGACCUACUGUUUUCACCACUGGUUGCACUCUUAAUUCCGCUGAAGCACUGUCGAGCAGGGACGUUGUGUACAGCGAGCCUAUCUGUGGUUCAGGUGUUAUAUGGAGGUUAAAGGUUUAUCCUAAUGGCAGUGGAGCUUCUCAGGGCACUCAUCUCUCUGUUUUCCUAGAGAUGGUAGAUGGAGGAAAUGAACCAGCCACGUACGAGUAUGGCAUAGAGCUCCUUCACCGCACUCGUCCCAACCAGCGCAUCGUUCGAAAAUUCUCCUCUGACUUUGAGGCGGGAGCGUGUUGGGGCUACUAUCAGUUUUUUAGGAUCGAUCUUCUGGAGAAGGAAGGCUAUAUCCUGCCAGAUGAGGACACGAUCACUUUGUGCUUCUACGUUCGGCCCCUCACAUACCAACAGCAAUGCCAGGACUUGCGGAGGUCGCUGGCAGCUUUGCAAGUUGAGCGUGACGAGUCAGCUGCCCAGGUGGCGGUGAUUCGAAGAGCAUUUGCAGCAGCAUUUUUCCAGCGCAGGCGGAGGCGGGGCAGCCGAACAGCUGGACAUGUUACAAACGAGCAGAUAGCAUUCGCUCAAGCUGUAGCAGCAGGGACGGGCACCUCCAACGCCUCGCCAACACUAUCUGUGCGCAAAGCACCUCAAAUACCUAGCAUCAAACACGUCCAGAUGAAGAUGCAGGAGUGCAAUGGCUCCAGAGUUGAAAAGUCAUGGAACAACGGGAUUUUGCCACAGUUUGAGGGACAUCAUCAUUCUGAAUGCACCGUUGAGAUCAACUCGGAGGUUGUCUCUCAGGUUGUCGCUGCUGACUCCCCAGUUCGAAUGCACGCGUCUAGUCUCACUCGACACGAAAAGCCUUCAACUGAAGAGCUUUCUAAGGAGUUUUUGACACACCCUGAGGACGGUGACGUCCCUGCAAAUUUAGACCAGAAUGACGACGAUGGCACAGGAACACCAUCUAUUGAACACAUUGUCACACACAAAUCACAAGGCAAGAAUCAUCAAGAGAUUUUGUCGAAGAAGGGAGAUGAUAUUUUCCAGAUUCCCAAGGUCUGCUCACACAAGAAGUUGCGCAGCAGGAAAGCCCAUAAGGUACUUAUCCCUCCUGAAGCUCUGCUGCCCUUUACAGAAAUUCCACGCUCAGCUGAGAUUGCUCGGCAUCUUACCGGCCUCUCCAUGGUGGAAGCUGGCCCCUCGAUGAAACAGUCUGGCAAUCCUGCUGCUCCUGGAGGCUGCAGUGAAAGCUCAAAGGAUGAGAAAUACGGGGAUGGAGCUUACUCUGAUCCAGGAUGCCAGAGAGUGUUGGCGGGGCCAGCUAUUGCAAGCGUCGUUGUAGGAGGUCUGAUUAAUGACGAGGUGGGGGAUGAUAAGUGUCCAUAUUACAGCGCCAUGUCCGGCUCUAGCAACAACCUCUGCACCCCUGAGAUCGAAGACUGGGGCAACCUGAAGUAGACACAGAUCAUGGAACUGAACAAGCGUCUUAGCUAAGUGGAGGUGGAUGAUUCAGUUGGAAUGCUUAACAUAUUGGGGAUCAUGGUGGAGUGAGAAGUUUCUCACCGCGCCUUCAUCGAGUACUGCGAGGUUCAUAUCCAAACCUUGGGUGAAACUCUUUCAAAACUCUGAUUGGGCAAAGAAAAGUCUUUGAUUGGCUGCAAGACAUGUCGAGUAAUUGCUGAAUCCUCUACAGUGCUCGGAAGCAGUUGCAUGACUAGACGAUUACACCCAAGAAAACGAUUUUAGCAAUUUCUGCUCCGACCUGAAUGUUUCUGAAAAUUGAAAGGAAAUGAUCGGAGCUAUUAACUAAUUCAUUCUCGGUCAAGCACUCAGAACCUAAUAAAGGUGACACGUCCAACAAAUACAUUUGUGCGAAAAGUAUGCAUUCAACUUAAAGCAUCUCCAUGAAGUCAUACUAAGGGUUUUUA